AUGUGGACGGCCGCUCUCGUUGUGUGCCAGCUCUUGGCGUUCGGUCGGCCCCUCUGGGCUCAGCAGGAUGUCACGGCUGCUGCCAUCUCUCCUCAGGACUGCAGUCUGGACUGCAUACGACAGGGAGGACCUGGAUGUGAUUACUGCAAAAUAAACAGAGCUGAUGUGAAGAAGGCUCUAGGUUUCAACUCCAUUGAUGCGUUUGGAAGUUGUAUUCCCUGGCCAUGUUUUGAGUUGUUAGGAGAAGAAGACCCUAAAAUCUGUCAGCACUAUGUCCACGCGCCAAAUGAAGUGGAGGUUGAGUUUGUAAAUGAGCUAAACCCCAAGUCUGACACCAUUGUUGUCUCCUGGAAGCCCAGCUACUAUGGGAUUGCGUUCCUGCGAGGCUUCCAGGUGUUGCUACAGGCUUUGGGAGGGACUAGUGUUACCUGUCACCUCUUUCUCUUCCACCGUAACGUCUCCCUCCCGGCUUCACAUGCUCAAAGGGUGUACAAGUCAGACCCUUUCCCCGGCCUCUCCCUUGGGUCCCAGUAUGCUGUUACCGUCAUGGCUCUGCCUGUGCCUGAAGAGUGGGAGAGGUUCUACCACAGCAAGAUCUUCUCCACACGCUCAUGUGCAGAGAAGAACGGUCUUGAGCAGUGCAAAAAAGACUGGUACCCCAUAUAUAUUGAGGUCCAGCAGGAAGGGACUGCCAUCACUGUGACCUUCAACCUGGCGCCUCAAAACCUGGGCAUCAGAAGCUACUUCUCCCUGUGUUACACAAACGGCCUGAGGAAAUACACAGACAUCACACCUAAUUCCAGCAAAAACAAGACUCACCACAGCUAUCAGAUGAAUGACCUGCAAGAAGGAAUAAAUUACACCUGUCAGAUUGCAGCUGACGAAGUGGAUGCAGUGAGGAAAACAUUCAAUGUUCAGGUCUUACACGUUCAGAAAGGAGGUUCCUCGCCACUCACAAUCUCUCCCUCAUUGGCUCUGACGCUUCCUCUUUGCCUGGCUGUGGCAGCCAUAGUUGUAGUCUUACUGGCUGCCCUCAUGUGGAGGAGACACAGGCUGCAGAUGAAGCAACUUGACAUUAAACCAGAUAUUAUAAAGCAGCAUCAAGAGAGCGGAACUCUGGAGGAAGUGAUGUCAUUGCCCAGGAACAGGCCGACCCCUCCUCGACUUCUGAUUUGCUACAGCAGCUAUGAUGGCCCCGCUCAUGUCAAAGCCGUCAUGCGGUUAGGGGCCUUCAUACAGCAGCACAUGGCCACUCAGGUGUGCCUGGACCUGUGGGACUCUCUGAGCGUGGCAGAGGAGGGCAGUAUGGCCUGGCACUGUCGGCAGAUUCGGGAGAGCGACUUCAUCUUGGUGAUCUGUUCUCGGGGCCUCAACCACAGAACUAACCCUCCAGAGGGCGACGACGAAGAUGAGGAGGCAGACCAAAGGCGCCACCUUGGGUCCAACGCAUUAAGCUCUGACGUGGCCGUACAACUUAUUGGAGAGGAGGUAGGCCGAGCCAAAGCCAGGGGCCAGGACCUAUCCAAAUACAUGUCGGCCAUUUUUGAGUACUCUGAGGAAACAGACAUCCCCACUGAGCUGAGGCUGGUAUCUAACUACAUGCUAACACGUGACUUACAGCUGCUCUUCUCCCAUCUCCAUGGAGUGGCUCUUCACAGGCCGGGUUGUUACCUGAAGAUAAACCAUAUCUCAGAGGACGGCUUUACCGAGUUACCAUCCGGAGCAGCUCUGCAGUGGGCUAUAUAUGAGGCUCGAAUGGCAAUCAUGGCAAAAAGGCAUCAAUCUUUGGAGGGAGGGUACUGAAAACUAAAAAAAAGAAUCUGACUUAAAGGGAUUGUACCUGAUUCUUCGAAGUGGAGUUAAAUGAGGUACUUAUCCAUAGUCAGUGUAUUACCCACAGGAGAUCAGGUCAGCUCGCACACAGUUUUAGUAACAGACAGGAGCACAAUGCACUGCUGUCGACAGGCGCAGCAGCAAAAUGUGUUUUAGCCACGCUAAAUACGCUAUAUUUAGAAUAUUAUAAUAAACAUAAAUAGUGAACAUGUCCUAAUUGUGCCCAAUGAUGUUGU